AUGGACUAUCGAGACCUAAUAUCCGAGAAAAAGGAUGAAGAUCAACUUUUUAAAAAGCUUGUACUAUAUCCACUUCUUACAGGAUUCAUAUAUGGAACAGGUCAUUUCCUAGCUUAUCUAAUAAUCAACUAGAAAUUCUUUAUUCCAUUGAAGAAAGCAACAAAGUGA